AUGCAUCCCUUAGGAAAGCAAGGAUACAACCAGAAUGCUUCUGGUCAUCCAGGAGUGUCUCAUGGUCACCAUCGUAUUGAUGGAAUGGGAGGAAUGUUUCAAGGAAAGAGAAUGGCUCAACCGAGGCCUCCUCCUCCUCCUCAGUACAUGAUGAACUAUGGAACACCCCAAGGAUUUCCUUAUACACAAUAUUACCCAUAUCCUCUUCAUCUGCCCAUUCCUAUGGCCAACUAUCACCACCAAGCAUUUCCACAACUGUUUGGUAAUCCACCACCACCUCCUCCUCCACAAGAUCCACCUCUGCCAAGGGAACCUCCUCCACCAUCACCCCCACCUCCUCCUCCACCUGAGUAA